AUGGACAUGGGCGACUUUGCCUUGACAACGAACGAAUCCGACAAGGUUGCAGGUUAUGCCUUUGCAACCAAUGCGCCUGGUAACCUCGUCGACUAUGCUCCGGACGAGUGGUUUCUGGGCCGUGCCAUCACACCUCAAGACACGUCAACGAACAAGCCACAGCCCCCAUGUCCAAUCUGCGACCGCAUCCCGCGCAAUGCAUCAGAUGCUGAUAGGCACAUGCGCAUCCACACACGGCCAUUCGUCUGCCAGGAGACCGGAUGCAAAAUUACACGAGGCUUCGCAAGCAAGAACGACCUGGAACGGCACAAAAAGAGUGUGCACCUCAUGAUGCCAGAAGCUGGUCCAAAAGCCUGGUACAUGUGUCCGGUCGGAGGAUUCGACAAGUGUGUGCAACUAUGGCCGAGGAAGGACAAUCUUCGGGUGCACAUGCGCAGGCAGCACGGGGCAGAUGGCAAUCAGGAUGUCAUAGUCGUGGAUCUGUGCAACGGGCUUGGCUGA